UUACGUUGCACUGGAUCCGUUCUCCACUGGGCAGAGACAGGGGCACCUCCGAUUGCGGAUAUUCCUUCCUUCUCUGUCUCGUCUUCUCCCUCCUUCUACACCUCGUACCUUCUUUCCAUCUGAAUCGGCCAUGGCUUAGUUUCCAGUCCACCACGCUCACAGGAGACACACACACACACACACAGAGGGAGAGAGAGAGAGUGAUGAUGCUGAUGAAGGCAGCGGGCGUCGCCAAGGCGCUAUCAUUCUCUAUAAAUAGCGGGAGAUGUUCAUGGGGUCUUUCCUCUGCCUCGUCCUCUUCUUCUUCCUCGUUAUCUGCUAUAAAUAGCAGCGGUACCUGUCGCCUCGUCCUCCUCCCGAGGAGCGGCUUUUGUUGCUUCUCCACUCGUAGGGGCGACGCUGCCACUAGGCAACCCCGGCUUUUAUCCUCUCCACGUGGCGGCUAUUGCCUGCGGGCUCAGCGGCCGCCCAUCCCGAGAUUCGCAUCCGCCAUGUCUGCGCGGGACAAGAAGGACGAUGAGGAUCGGCAGAUUCAGGGGGGUAGUUCUCGGUUGCUCACUCUCCCUACAAUCCUCACUCUCGGCCGGGUUGCUGCGGUGCCGCUCCUCGUUGCAGCAUUUUAUCUUGAUCGUUGGUGGGCAAGCACAGCAACAACUGGCAUCUUUCUUGCAGCAGCAGCCACAGAUUGGCUUGAUGGUUAUCUUGCCAGAAAAAUGAAGCUGGGCACUGCUUUUGGUGCAUUUUUGGAUCCUGUUGCUGACAAGCUUAUGGUGGCCACAACAUUGGUGUUGUUAUGCUCCAGGCCUCUGGAGGUUGCAUUAUUUGGACAUGUGCCAUGGUUGCUAACAGUACCUUCAAUUAUCAUAAUUGGCAGAGAGAUUGCCAUGUCAGCAGUAAGGGAAUGGGCAGCUUCCCAAGAUACGAGUGUGGUUGAGGCUGUUGCGGUCAGUAGUUUGGGGAAAUGGAAAACUGCAACUCAGAUGACUGCACUCACCAUCCUCCUGGCGGCGAGAGAUAGCAGUCAGGGUGGUCCAAAUGGAUUAGCUACUUGUGGAGUUGCUCUGUUAUAUGUGUCAUCCGGCCUCACCCUAUUAUCCUUGGUCGCGUAUAUGAAGGGUAUCUGGAGAAUACUUCUGAAGUAAUUGAACUUGCUUUUGAGAGAACUGCAUCAUCAGAUUCCCUUCAAGAAAACCAUGGGCAGGAUUAUUUUUUGUUGCACCAAAUAUGAGAUGAGAUAAUGGGUUAUUAGAGAGAUUCUAUUUCUCAACCUUCCGCAGUUUGAUAUUUAUCUUCUGUAGCAAUAUUGCUGAAUCUGAUUUGAUCAUUCAUUAUCCUGUAUAAGCUUUUGUCUAAAGGAUUUGUAUUUAUUUGCUAUAAAGAAGAGCGACGUGUAAAACUUUGGGGAAAGAAAUCUUACUGAAUAGAGAAUAAUGUCAUGUUAUUGCAGUUAAUGAAGUUUAAAGAUUUGAAGCUCCGCAA